GGGCUAUGCCCGCGUGUGUUCGAAUCGCACAGGUGACGCUCUUUUUGUUUGACCUCAUUGCCAUCCCAAGCCUCAAAGACACUAGCCAUGCAAGCUAGGGCAUCCAAUGGGCCCGAUAGAAAUUCAAGGUAGACGACGAAAACAAUAAUAUAAUACACCAUACAGUGCCCUUGGUAUUCAAUGCCGCUGUAGCAGCCGCUCUUCGCCGUUUAUUCCCUCUGCGGAUUUCUACCAAGUCCGACUCAAUUUCUUGCUCCUUGCACGGAACCAGCAAGUACACGCUCUUGCCAAGAACUCCAAUUGCUUGGUUGUCCCUCCCGCCCCCCUUCGCUCUUCGUCGGUUGUUACCGGUAUUUCCGCUAGUAGAAGUACUCGCACGCGUAGAAGUCAAAGGAAGAGGGAAUGGUGAAGGUAGUUCAUCAACUGAGAGUGAAUGUGGGUUGAGGAAAGGUCCAGAGGUGAUAGGUCCGUUGGAUAUGGACGAUAUGCCACCAUUCGUACCCGGAGUGGCAUUGGAUAGAGGUGUAGGAGGCGGAGAUGUGCCGCCAAGCUUGUUUCGCAACUUGCGUGUGAUGUGUGGUCGAGAUUGGGAGUCUAAAGCACCGUCUAUGGGGGUAAUAAAGCUCAAUUAGUGAAGACCAAAGCGGACUGGUGAUGAACACGCACCACCAACUGUUCCCUCCCCGUCCUUUUCUUCCCUUGCACGCUGCUUCCGUUCCUCAAUACCUUCCAAUAACCUUUCUCGUAUACGCUCUCGGCCCUUCCGCCACUCUUCCUCAACUUUCUCGCGUUCCUCUUCGUACGCCGUUUGUAUACAGUCGAGAGAGAACUUCUCUUGAAAUACCAAGGAUGGACAACGUCUGGUCGUGUCGAUAUGUGAUAAGCAAGUGUAUUGAGCUCUGCGAUGGUUUCGGCGUAUUGUCGGCCAGAAGAGAAAUGGAAUCUGCAACGGUGCAAUCGUUUCCUUGCCAAGCCUUCCCACAACUUCCUUCCUCUUCCUCUUCGGGUCUUCAACAGGGGUACCUACAAGGUGAAUGAGUGAUAAUCCAUACAACCAAGGGCAUGGUAUAUUACCAUGUAUUCUACUAGGGCCUGUUACAGGAUGGUGUCUUGUGAACAGAAGUUAGAGGCGUCGUGAAUACUGGGUUGAUCGUACAUACGGUA